UCUCAUUUCCCCCACCUUCCUUCAACGGUAUCAAAUUUCCCCCAAUUUCUCCAUUCCCCCCUAAAAAACCUUUCACCCAUCCAUCAAUGGAUGACAAAAUGAAGCAAAUACCAGCAUUCACAGUACUAAAAAACGGAUCCAUUCUUAAGAACAUCUUUCUAUUGCAUAAAUCCUCACUUGAAGACUCGGAUUCAGUCGACGAACAGAUUUUACUCGUCGGACGUCACCCGAACUGCAACAUCACUCUCGAACACCCUAGUAUUAGCAGAUACCACCUCCGUAUUCACUCCGAUCCUUCUUCUCGCUCGCUCUACAUCGUUGAUCUUUCAUCAGUUCAUGGAACAUGGGUGUCUGGGAAGAAGAUUGAACCAGGAGUUAAUGUGAGAUUAAAAGAGGGGGAUACGGUGAAAUUGGGUGGUUCUAGUAGGGUUUACGUCUUGCAUUGGGUUCCGGCUAGUGAAGCAUAUGAUCAUAAUGGACAGUUUGCGCCUGUGAUUUAUACGAUUAAAGAAGGGGAAGAUGAAACUAAUCAGGAUGAGAAACUUGAAACUCGUUCAUGGGAUGAUGAUCUGGAGUGUUCAGAUAUAUCGCUGUCUAGUAAGAGUCAUGGUUCACCUGUAACGAAGUUGAAUCCAUUUACGUUUUCUGGGCAGAGUUAUUUGAGUUCUGUUUGUGAUGAUGCUGAGAUAGAACAGUUGAGUUUGUCUUGUACUGGCAAUGAAAAUGAUGAAACUCUUGGCACUAUUUCGGUUAAGUCUCCAAGUGUUGUCUCAGGAACUAAAUCUGUGAUAGAUCAGUUGCAUUGGUUGAAUGAUAACUUGAGCAAUGAAUUCAAGAUGGUCAGUUAUGAGACCAAUAAAGAUGAUAUGUUUUGGGCGCCAAGCUGCUCAAAGUCUUCAUGUGAUGACACUGAGGCAGAACAGUUGAGUAAAUCUUGUACUAGCAAUGAAAAAGGUGAAAGCUCUGGCACUGUUUCGGUUAAAUCUCCAAGUGUUGUCUCGGGAACAAAAUCUGUGAUAGAUCAGUUGGAUUGGUUGAACGAUAACUUGAGCAAUGAAUUCGAGAUGCUCAGUUAUGGGACCAAUAAAGAUGAUAUGUUUUGGGUGCCAAGCAGCUCCAAAUCUUCAUGUACUAGCAAUCAAAACAGUGAAAUCUUUGCCAAAGUUUCUGUUCAGAGUCAACUUGUUGUCCCAGAAAGUAUACCUGCAAGAGAGAUUUACAGCAACCUAAACAAAUCAGAGGAUCAGAUGAAUUGGUUGAAGGAUGAUCUGAACAGUGAAUUUGAGCUGCAAAGUCACAGGAUCACAAAAGAGGAUGUGUUUUCCGGGGCCGGCUGCUCAAGUUUUUCCAGUGACGAUACUAAUGUAGAAGGAUUGAGUCCCUCUAAAACAGGCAAUGGAAAUGGCGAAAUCUUUAGCACAAUGCUGGUUAAGCCGUCACUAACCUCAGAAACUAUAUCAAUGAUGGAAGAGUCCAAUAGCCUAAACAAAUCCUUUGAUCUGCUGGAUUGGUUGAAGGACAAUUUGAGCAACGAGUUUGAGCUGCAAAAUUAUGAGGCCGUCAAAGAAGAUGAGUUUUCUGUGGCAGAAUGCUGGAAAACAGGCUAUGAAAAUAUUACUGUUCCAGUUCAGUCCUCACUUGUUGUCCCAGUAGCUAUAUCUGAGACAGAGUCUUGUGACAGCCGAAAGAAGUUAUCGGAUCAGUUGCAUUGGUUGAGGGAUAAUCUGAGCAAUGAAUUUGAGCUGCAAAAUCAAACGAUCAUCAAACAAGAUGUGUUUUGCCUGGCUGACAGUUUAAGUUCUUCCUCUGAUGAUACUGAGGUAGAACAAUUGACUCCAUCUAAAACAGGCAAUGGAAAUGCUGGACUCUUUAGCACUGUGUGCGUUGAGCCUUCACUUGUCUCAGAAACUAAUUCUGCAGCAAGAAUUUCUGACGACCUAAAGAUACCAGAAGAUAAAAGGAAUUGGUUGAGUGAUAAUUUGAGCAAUGAAUUUGUGUUACAAAAUAAUGGGAUUGCUAAAGAUCUGUUUUCUGGGCAAAGCUACUCAUAUUCUUCCUGUCAUGAUACCGAGGUAGAUGUAUCAGAGAUUUCUGACAGUUUAAACCGCUCAAAAGAUGAGAUGAAUUGGCUGAGGGAUAAUUUGAACAAUGAGUUUGCUCCGAAUAAUUGUGUGUCAGAGGGAGAAGAUUCAUUUUCUGGGCCAAAUUGCACAAAAUCUUCCUGUGAUGUUACAGAGUUAGAGCCCUCCAUUCCAUGGGAAACAUGCGAGGAAAAUGGUAGUGUCUAUGCAGCUGUUGCUAAUGAGGCCCCACUUGUCUCAGAAUUCAUAUCCGUAAAAGCGACAUCGGAUAGCUUGAACAAAUCAGAAGAUCAGCUCAAUUGGUUGAGGGAUAAUUUGAGCAUUGAAACCUUUGCCACUGUUUCUAUUCAGGCCCCACUUGUUGGCUCAGAAGCUAUAUCCGAAGAAGAGAUUUCUGACAGCCUAUACAAAUCAGAAGAUUGGAUGAAUUGGUUGAGGGACAAUCUGUGCAUUGAAUUUGAACAGCUCAGUUAUGACACUAUGAAAGAUGCUCGGAUUUCUAGCGAAAAGCAUGAAAAAGAUUCAUCAAAUCAAGACAUAGCAAGAAGCAUCGAAAGUGAUAUGUGCAAUGAAAGCGAAACCAUAAAUCAGCAGAAAGUUGACAAUUGCUCAGUUCCCAUGGCCCUUCUUGAUGGUGUAAACAAAGAUGGAGAUGUGUCUUUUCAGCCAAGUAGAGCAGGAGAGGCGGCUGUUAAUACGUGUUGUAAGUUUGAAGAAGAAAUGGAACGGGCAAAUACGACCGAUGUAUCAAUUCCUGUGGUUCUUGUUGAUGAUUUACAAAGCCAGGUGGACGAUAUAUGUGUCGAAUGUGAAUCGAUCGAUCAUGAGAUAAUGAAGAAAGAAUCAGUUUCAGUGGUUCCACUUGCUGAAACAUGUACAGAUCAAAAAGAAGCUUUUACUCCAGACGCAGCAAGAGCCAAAGAAGUCCCUAUCGAUCUGGAGGCAUUGAAGAAUGGAUCAGUUUUAAUGAAUCCGUUGGAUAGUUUAGAUGGAAAUAAAUUUGAGAUAUUUACUCCAGACAAAGAGAACAAGGAUCCAAAAGCUUAUUCUGUGAAAUCUUCUAAGAAAAGAUGGAUGGAAGAUGAACAUAAUAUAUCAAGCCACCACACAAUAUCGAAGACAGCUGUUAGGACUCCUACUGUCGACGAAGAAAAAUACAUUUUCAAUUUUCCUGCAGAGACUAAAAAUGUCUUUAUGCAGAAAUCAUUGAAUGUUAAAGAUAUGGCUGAUCCGUUGGUCUAUUAUGACGAAGCAUUCUUAUCUAACACAGAAAAAGAGACUGAAUCAAGACAAGGGAAAAUGGAGGGAAGUCUCAGUUCCAUCAAUUUUUCUCAAACUGUUCAAAAGGCCAUUGAUUCUACUCAUAACUUCCUCGGAGGAUCAAAGGAAAAUUGGAUCAUGAUUGUGGACAUUGGCAGCCUGCUAAAUGCAGAGUCUUUGAAGCACUUGACGCUCCUGGAAGGCCUUAAAGGGACUCGGCUUGUCAUACCCACAGCUGUCAUGAGGGAACUAAUGGACAUAGAGAUUCAAGAUACUUUCUUGAAAACGAGCACAAAAAAGGCUACUUUGGCAUUGAACUGGGUUGAGGAAUGUAUGGAGAGCACAAAGUGGUGGAUUCACAUGGACGAUGAAAUCCUUCUUUCACCAGAAGCAGAACCUCAUGUCCUUGAAACCGCCCUUCUUUUACGUGAAGAACUUACUGAUCAAAAGGUUAUAAUUCUUAGCAAUGAUCUCAACCUGAAGAUCAAAGCCAUGUCAGAAGGAAUUAUGUGUGAAGCAGCAAAAGAAUUUCAUAGGAGUCUGGUGAAUCCUUUUUCAGAGAGGUUUAUGUGGGCUGGAAGCUUGGCCAGAGGACGUACUUGGUCCUGUUUAGAUGAUGAUAUAUUGAGACAAAAAUACUAUGGGUGCAGUUUAAAUGGACCACAUAUGUUGAAGGGUUUGAAGCUAUUGGCACGCACGACAACUUUCCAGUGAAAGAUUCUGUUUACUGGCUAGUUAGCUUUAAAUUUCUGCUUGUGUGAAUCACGUUACAACUUAAAAAGAAGAGGUGAUAUACCAUCAUAGCUUGUCAUUAGUACAUGUUUGAGAUUGUUACAUACAGAAGAUUAUCAACAUUGAUCUCCUUUCCUUUAA